CAUAAGACACGUUGUGAACAUCAACAAAACUGUACUCUGAAGUAGAAAAUGGAUUGCGCCGGUGACUCGGGUUGUUUAGUUCCGCCAAUCAAAUGGGAACCACAAUGUUCUGAAAAUACAAAGAUAGACAAGCUUAGGAAGUUGAUCAAUGACAAAUAUUCAGUGAAUUUAAAAACAUACAAAGAAUUUCAUCAGUGGUCAUGUGACAAUUACAGUGAAUUCUGGGAGGAAGUGUUCAAAUUUACAGACAUUAUAUAUUCUCAACCCUACUCGCAGGUUGUUGAUGAAGAGAAAAACAUUGCAGACAUACCGGAAUGGUUCUCUGGGUGUCAUCUUAACUUCACAGAAAAUAUAUUACGAUACAAUGAUGACAGGGUGGCAGUUUUUGCUACAGGAGAAGGUCUUGGUGUAUCUAAGAUGACUUUCAGACAGUUGAGAGAAUCAGUAACUAAAUAUGCAACAGCACUGAAGAAAAUGGGUGUACAAAAAGGGGACAGAGUUGUUGGGUACAUACCAAAUUGUUGUGAGGCGUUAGAAGCUAUGUUAGCUGUGGCCAGCAUUGGUGCUGUGUGGAGCUCUACAUCACCAGAUUUUGGUGUACAGGGUGUUUUAGACAGAUUCACACAGAUCAGACCUAAAGUUAUUUUUAGUGUAAACGCAGUCUGGUACAAUGGGAAAAUACAUAAUCAUUUAGAUAAACUUGCACAGGUUGUACAAGGUUUACCAGAAUUAGAGAAAGUUGUUGUGAUACCAUUUGUACCAGAUGCAUUAUUUGAUUUGUCUAAUAUAAAAAAUGGAUGUGCUUUAAAAGGUUUUUUACCAAACUCGGAUGAAGUAACAGAAUUAAAAUUUGAGCAAGUUCCAUUUAAUCAUCCCCUGUUUAUCAUGUACUCCUCAGGAACAACUGGUGCUCCUAAAUGUAUGGUUCACUCUGUUGGGGGGACAUUACUUAAGCACAUGGAGGAGCAUGUGAUACAAAGUGAUAUGGAUAGAGAUGAUAUUAUGUUAUAUUAUACAACGGUUGGUUGGAUGAUGUGGAAUUGGUUGGUAUCAGUUUUGGCUGUUGGAGCUGCUAUUGUUUUAUAUGAUGGUUCACCUCUGGUACCAAAAGAUACAGUUCUGUGGGAUUUGAUAGAUGAAAUAGGGAUAACAUUUUUAGGAACAAGUGCCAAAUGGUUAGCAGUAAUGGAGGAUAGAGGAUUAAAACCAGGUAAAACACACAAACUGGAAAGUCUGAAAGCCAUAUUAUCUACUGGAUCUCCAUUAAAACCACAGUCAUAUGAUUAUGUAUACACAGAUAUAAAGAAAGAUCUACUCCUAGCUUCUAUCUCAGGUGGAACAGAUAUAAUAGCCUGUUUUAUGGGUCAGAAUUGGACUGUACCAGUAUAUAAAGGAGAGAUCCAGGGUCCUAAUUUGGGCUGCGCCAUAGAAACCAGGGAUGAAGAAGGUAAACAAGUCUUUGAUGAAGCAGGAGAACUUGUCUGUACCAAACCAUUUCCAUCAAUGCCUGUAUUUUUCUGGAAUGAUCUGGAUGGAAAGAAGUACAAAAAGGCUUACUUUGAAAUGUUUCCAGGUGUCUGGGCACAUGGAGAUCAUUGCUGUAUCAAUAGUCAGACAGGUGGUAUUGUUAUGUUAGGAAGAAGUGAUGGUGUAUUGAAUCCUAAUGGUGUUAGAUUUGGUAGUGCUGAAAUCUACAAUGUAGUUGAAUCCUUUAAAGAAAUUCAGGACAGUGUUUGUGUAGCACAAAGGAAGAAGGAUAACUCUGAAGAGAGGGUUGUUCUGUUUGUCAAGAUGGCCACAGGAAGCAGUUUCUCCAGUGAACUGGUUACCAGAAUUAAGACUUGUAUAAGAAAUGAACUAAGUGUUAGAUAUGUACCAACUGUUGUAUUACCUAUUGAUGAUAUUCCAUACACUAUUAAUAGUAAGAAGGUUGAGGCAGCUGUAAGGAAGGCUAUGAUGGGCGAGGAGGUUGUACAGAAAGGAGCUUUGGCUAAUCCACAAUGUCUAGAACUCUAUCAAAACAUCAAGGAACUACAGAAUUACUGACAUUCCUCAACAAUUAGAGAUGGGAGUUAUUUAACUUGUAUAAACAUUUCAUAACUGUAGGAACUAUGUAUUAAAGAAUAACUAAUGUUAUUUCACAAUUAUCAGUAGAAAUGGGAAACGGUAAUUACUUAACCUUUGUGGGCGACCUUUGUAGAUGUAUUAUAACUAGUGAAAACUUUACUAUUUCAUCAUGAUAAUGAUUUUGUAAAAGAGACUGUUAUACAUUGCUUUGUAUUUUUUAUUUUGUUUUUACCAGUUAUCUUACACAGUUAUCUAGAUCUAACAGAUAAGGCAUAUAGUUGAAUAGACAUUUUACUUGCAAAUAGUAGAUUAUGUUUACAAUUGCAGUGAAGAUAACUAAAUAAAUUUGAAUCAAAUACUUGUAAAUAUCUAGGUAUCAAGAGUAGAUGGGAGUUACCACAGGGUCAUAUGUCUGUUCAUCUUC